GCAACGAAGCUGGCAUUUUUACAACUUGCAGCUAGCAAAGGGCAGAAUGUGGCCACCGUUUUCGUAGUGCCAACUCCUUUUUCUCAGAAAGCAAACGCUCGUUUGGUAAAAGCUGCAGAGUCGUGGUGUAUGUGCAGCUGAUUCCAGAAGGCCAUUUUUUCAGUUCUGUACAGAAAUCAAGCAGUUUGAAAUGUCGGGGUUUGACAGCUUCAACACAGAUUUUUACCAAACAUCGUACAGCAUUGAUGAUCAAGCACAAGCAUAUAGCAACCCAGCUGAUCCAUACAAUAGGCAAUAUGGAAAUUAUGACUAUUCCCAGCCUGGUGGAUUUGUAAGUCCAGGAAUGAUGCCGCCCCAACAACAAUAUACCGGCCAAAUCUAUCAACCAACUCAAACAUACACUCCAACAAGCCCUCAGUCGGUAUAUGGGAGCAGCUUUGAGGAUGAGCCACCAUUACUAGAGGAACUUGGAAUUAAUUUUGACCAUAUUUGGCAGAAGACAUUAACAGUUCUACAUCCACUCAAAGCAGCAGAUGGCAGCAUCAUGAAUGAAACAGAUCUUGCAGGACCAAUGGUUUUCUGUCUGGCAUUUGGAGCAACUUUGCUACUGGCAGGAAAAAUACAGUUUGGUUAUGUUUAUGGAAUUAGUGCAAUUGGCUGUCUGGGAAUGUACUGCUUACUGAACCUGAUGAGUAUGACGGGUGUGUCAUUCGGAUGUGUCGCCAGUGUCCUGGGCUACUGUCUUUUGCCAAUGAUUAUAUUGUCUAGUUUUGGGAUCCUGUUCUCGCUGCAAGGAAUGUUUGGAGUAGUAAUCACUGCUCUCAUCAUAGGCUGGUGUAGUUUCUCUGCUUCUAAAAUCUUCAUCUCUGCUCUCGCCAUGGAUGGACAGCAACUUUUAGUAGCAUAUCCCUGUGCAUUAUUGUAUGGGGUGUUUGCAUUAAUUUCUGUGUUUUGAACUUUGAUUAAAUGUGGACAAGCAAGCAGGAGCCCACCAAGCUUGUUUGUUUCUUUAAUGGGCUGUUGUUCUGGGCACAUUCCUUUCUCAUCACAUUAAGAGACAAUGACAUUUUUUUUUUUUUUUUUGUCCUUUUUGUUUUUUAAGUCAGUUUUGAGUAAAGAUGCUGUCUUUCACAAAUUAUGCUUUUAUACUUCCCAGAAAGCAACUUUUUAAAUGCUUCAACAUUGUCAACCAUUAAAAGUAAAUUAAUGCCCUGCAGGUAAUUUUUUUUUUUUUAUCUUAAAUACAAAUAAACAUGUAUUGUACCCAUUGUCAAGUGCAAAUUGUUAUGAUUAUUUCUAUUUUAAUUCCACAAAAGAUCAGUUUCAGAAUUGUAAAUGAAUCAUCUUUGAGAAUUGUCCGUCAGUAACACAUUUGUUAUUUCUGAUAUGCACUUAUUCUAAAAAUGAUUAUCAUUGGUCUUGUUCACCAACCUUUACAGAUGUAAGUGAAACUGUUAGUUAAAAUGUUCAAAAUGAAAAGGCAGUUUUUCAUUGAGUGUUUUUUUUUUUUUUUAAUCACUUAUUAAUAGAUUUGGGUCCUUGCCUGCAAACAGUUAUAUAAGCAGAAUGUGUUUCCUAAUUACUGGAUUUUUUCAGUCUCCUUCAGUUGAUAGAAACAACAAAAAUGCAGUGGAAAUUUUACUGAACAGAAAAAGCUUUAAUAUCAAUAGAAUUUCGUGGAAGUGAUGCUAAGUAUAUUUACAAAAAAUAAUAGUCACCAUUAGCAAAUACUAUAACUGCCUGGCAUCAUACAGUUUUAAAAAUGUAUCAAUGUUUAACUUUAGCUAGUCUUCAGAUGCCAAUAAGAUCAAAGUCAUGCAGCAAAAAUCAUUAAACAAAAGGAGAAAUGUCCUAAGCAGUGCCUAAAUUAAAUGAAUGGGGCUGCCCAGCAUUCAUUGUUUGAUUUAUUAUCAUUAUACUUUAUAAUACAAUGAAAGAAGAGCAAUGGGAGUUUAAAAAAAAUAAAGAAAUAUCAGAUAUAAAAUUACAAUAUGAAUCAGACUGAAAAAGUAGCAGUGGGGCAGUAAAUUUUCAGAAUAAUAAUUAUUUUAAUUCUUGCAGUGUUCAGGAAUCAAGAAGAAUAUAGUUUGGAUUUGAUUAUGUAGUACAUUGGUGGAAAAUAUAAAAUUAAUAUUUAAAAAAGAGUAAAGAAUACUGCUUGAUGUUGAGCUGUGAAAGGAUUUUAUCCUUUUGUUAACUCCUGAAGAGGACCAUGACUCGAAAUGUUAUUUUUGUGCUCUUUUUAAAUGCGCAUUCAUAGCACUCUUUUGCUUUCAUUAUUCAAUGUAUGUUGUGAACAUGGUGUCUCUAGUAUUUAAAAAAUAAAAUAACAAACAUGCUAGAUCAGUUUAA